AUGGCGACCAAAAUGGUGGUGAUUGGUGUCGGCCAUCGCACUGAGACUCAGUGGCCCCGGGCUUAUGUGAUCAGGAGGCCCGGCAAUACGUGUCCGUUUUAUGCUAAAUUAUCAAGUCUGAGUGAAGAGUCGGACCGAAAGUGUCGUGAAUUGUGUGAAGAGAUGUCGGCUCUGAAGGCAAGCAAUGAGUCCGAAGUGAAGGCAUUGAAAGCACAGCUCAAGACUGCCAUCGACUCAAUGGAGACAUGGAUUGAAGGAAACAAUGAUUUAAAACAAAAGUUGUUGACUUAUGAGAUGAGUGAAUUGAGUGAAGAGUUGUCGGCAUUGAAGGCAUCGAAACAUAUCAUUGAAUCCGAUGUCAAACAAUUGUCUCAAGAAAUCAAUGCACAGAAUAUAAGUUAUAUGUUGGGCAUCCAUAUACCAGAUAGUGUUGAGACAAUCAGAGAUCUCAAGAGUUUUCUACUGACCAAAGGUGUGUACAAUGAAAACACCGAUAUUAUUGGCCUCAAGACAUCAGUGGACUCAAGUGACACAAUUUACAUGUUAUUUGAUGAUGAUUACAAAUUGGACAGUUUGUGUGACAAUGACUAUGAAAUACUAAUCUCUUCGAAACUCAACGAUCAAUCACCAUGUCUGAGUUCAGAGUCGGACCGAAAGAUCACUGAAUUGUGUGAAGAGAUGUCGACUCUUAAGGCAAGCAAUGAGUCCGAAGUGAAGGCAUUGAAAGAACAGCUCAAGACAUCCAAGGAUUCAAUGGAGACAAUAGAUAAAGAGAUCAAUGAUUUGAAACAAACGGUGCAUUCGUUGUCACAAAUGAUGUCUAAAAACAUUAGUGAUCAAAAUAUGGCCACAGAUUUAUUGAAGCAAACAUUGAGUGAAGAGUUGUCGUCAUUGAAGGCAUCUAAUCAUAUCAUUGAAUCCGAUGUCAAACUAUUGGCUCAACAAAUGAGUGAAAUAAGCCCUCCAGUGAUUGAUUUGUCUUCGAGUUGUUCAUCGAUCGGAUCACACAAUGUAUGGGACAGUCAUUGGGACGAAACCACAGAAGUGGUCAAUACUGUGAAGACCUGGAUGACAGUGAUUUCGUGGUCAGUAUUAGCCCAUAUCGGGAAUAAACAAGUAUUGUCUUAUAUUUGGCCCAAAUUAUAA